AGGGGGCCGGUCAAGGGAAGUGCGACGUGUCUGAAGAGCCUUUUUAUACCUCCUUCCCUGGAGCCCGGCAGCCACCGUCGCCAUCCACGUCUCUACUCCCCGGACCCGGGCUCAGGCACAGCAGCAGCAUGUCGGGGGUCAAGAAACAGAAGACGGACCAGCAAAAAUCUACCAAUGUGGUCUACCAGGCCCAUCAUGUAAGCAGGAACAAGAGAGGACAGGUGGUUGGAACCAGGGGAGGAUUCCGAGGAUGUACCGUGUGGCUAACAGGUCUCUCUGGUGCUGGAAAAACAACCAUAAGCUUUGCUUUGGAAGAGUACCUUGUAUCUCAUGCCAUCCCAUGUUACUCCCUGGAUGGGGACAAUGUCCGUCAUGGCCUUAACAAGAACCUGGGAUUCUCUGCCGGGGACCGAGAAGAGAACAUCCGCCGGAUUGCGGAGGUGGCCAGGCUCUUCGCCGAUGCUGGCCUGGUCUGCAUUACCAGCUUUAUUUCUCCAUUUGCAAAGGAUCGUGAGAAUGCCCGCAAAAUCCACGAAUCAGCAGGACUUCCGUUCUUUGAGAUCUUUGUGGAUGCACCUUUAAAUAUCUGUGAGAGCCGAGACGUAAAAGGACUCUACAAACGAGCUCGGGCAGGAGAGAUUAAAGGGUUCACAGGCAUCGACUCUGACUAUGAGAAACCGGAAACUCCAGAGUGUGUGCUGAAGACCAACUUGUCUUCAGUAAGCGACUGUGUGCAGCAGGUGGUGGAGCUUUUGCAAGAACAGAGCAUUGUACCCCACGCCACCAUCAAAGGCAUCCAUGAACUCUUUGUGCCAGAAAACAAAAUUGAUCAAGUCCGAGCUGAGGCAGAGACUCUCCCGUCACUACCGAUUACCAAGCUGGAUCUGCAGUGGGUGCAGAUUCUGAGUGAAGGCUGGGCCACUCCCCUCAAAGGCUUCAUGCGGGAGAAGGAGUACUUGCAAACUCUACACUUCGACACUCUCCUGGACGGCAUGGUCCUCCGUGAUGGAGUCAUCAACUUGAGCAUUCCCAUCGUACUGCCUGUUUCUGAGGAUGACAAGGCACGUCUCGAAGGGUGCAGCAAGUUUGCCUUGAUGUACGAAGGUCGGAGAGUAGCUCUAUUACAAGACCCUGAAUUCUAUGAGCACAGGAAAGAGGAGCGUUGUUCUCGUGUGUGGGGCACAGCCACUGCAAAACACCCCCAUAUCAAAAUGGUGUUGGAAAGCGGGGACUGGCUUGUUGGUGGAGACCUACAGGUGCUAGAGAGAAUAAGGUGGGACGAUGGGCUGGACCAGUACCGCCUGACGCCUCUAGAGCUCAAACAGAAGUGUAAAGACAUGAAUGCUGAUGCCGUGUUUGCAUUCCAGUUGCGUAAUCCUGUCCACAAUGGUCAUGCUCUGCUGAUGCAGGACACCCGCCGCAGGCUCCUGGAGAGGGGUUACAAGCACCCAGUCCUCCUGUUACACCCUCUUGGGGGCUGGACCAAGGACGACGAUGUACCUCUGGACUGGAGAAUGAAACAGCAUGCAGCUGUACUGGAGGAAGGGGUCCUAGAUCCCAAGUCAACUAUUGUUGCCAUCUUCCCAUCUCCUAUGCUAUAUGCUGGCCCCACAGAGGUCCAGUGGCACUGCAGGUGCCGGAUGAUUGCAGGGGCCAAUUUCUACAUUGUGGGUAGGGAUCCUGCAGGAAUGCCCCAUCCUGAGACAAAGAAAGACCUAUAUGAACCUACCCAUGGGGGUAAGGUCUUGAGUAUGGCCCCUGGCCUCACCUCUGUGGAAAUCAUUCCAUUCCGCGUGGCUGCCUACAAUAAAAUUAAAAAGGCCAUGGACUUUUAUGAUCCAGCAAGGCACGAGGAGUUUGACUUCAUCUCAGGAACUCGUAUGAGGAAGCUCGCCAGGGAAGGAGAAGAUCCCCCAGAUGGCUUCAUGGCCCCCAAAGCAUGGAAAGUGUUGACAGAUUACUACAGGUCUCUGGAGAAGAUCAACUAGGUGCACCUGGCUCUGGUUUCUUUCUCAAGUGCUCUCCGACGAUUUUUUUCCCCCUAUUUUUGUGAUUAGCUGCUCUGUAUCCAAUCGCUUCUCAAUGACUUUUUAAAGUUAGUGUUUUGCAAUGAAGUAAAAAGCUGUGCCUAUAAUUUAAAACCAACUUCAUUAUGUCUAUGAACCUCACACUGGAGACUAAGUCUUAGGUGAAAACAAUACUGUUGUACAUUCCAGAAUGAAAGCACUUGUACUCUACUUCAUCUCAGCAGGUAUGUCUCAGAUAUCUUAAAAAUGUGACUUGUGUGUCUAGCUGACUUUCCCAGAACAGAAUCAUACCUUCCAGAUUACUUUUGCCAGCCUGGAAUCCCAAUGUCACUGAAAGAAAAAGAAGAAAACAAAAAAAACAAAAACCAUCCUAUCACCUUGAAGGAACUGUGUUUCGUAUCAGGACUUCUUACUUUGUAACUACACAUGGCCUCACUGCCCAAUGUAUGAGUUGAAGAUGCAACUGGAAGAAACAUACGUGUGAAGAUGUGAAUUACAUCUUAAAGAACCAUGUAACUUACGUUUGCCAUGAAAAUGACAUAGUCCAAGAGAAAGAGAAGUUCUAAUGGCCUUCUAUGACUAGUAACUCCAGUUUGACAGCACUUUUUUUUUAUUUUUUUUUAUUUUUUUUGGUUUUUUGAGACAGGGUUUCUCUGUAUAGCCCGGCCUGUCCUGGAGCUCACUCUGUAGACCAGGCUGGCCUCGAACUCAGAAAUCUGCCUCCCUCUGCCUCCCACGUGCUGGGAUUAAAGGCGUGCGCCACCACCACCUGGCUUGACAGCACUUUUCAAAAGCAUGGUAUACUUUAACCAAAACAAUUUCUCCCAGGGACGAAACCAUCAGGGUAUAUUGUAGACUACUUUCCCCACACUUUGCUGUGGCCAUAAUUAUUAAAGAGGGACCUAUUUGAUUGCUGUAAUCAAAACCAACCCACAUAUUAAAUCAAUGAGAAGCCAAAACUUCAUUUCUGCAGAAAAGAUAAAACCCAAACAUCAUCCUAGUGAAGAUACAUACACAUAAGCUCUGAGCAUGUAAUACACAAAACUGACUUUAGCAAAUACUGCUGACACUCAAAGUCUGCCCAGACCAACACCUUCCUAAGCUAGGUCCCUGUCUACUUUAGACAACACAGGUACAGGUUCUGACUCCUUGAAGCUACUUAAUGAAGCUUUCCUUGAGGAUGCUAAUCAGCAACCACCUUGAAGACCGAAGGUUUAGGGCAUCCCAAACUCUUGGUGCUUUCGGAACGAACCUGUUGUGGGAAGUCCUUUGAUGGUUUUAUUUUCUAAGAGGGAAUUUUUGUAUUUUAUGCAUGGUUCAUUGUUGCCAAGGAAAAAGAAAAAGCAUCUUUAUAUACAGGUUUCUUUGGAGGAAACCACAGACUGAAAAGAAAAACUGAUUUUUUUCAUACUGCCACUUUAAAAAAAAAAUGCUAGUAAGAGCUCUUUUGAGAUUAAGUUACACACCAUAACCAGAGAAAAAGUGAGUCUUCAACUGUAUAGUGCUGUGCAUACUUAUGUCAGAGCUACUCAGUGCUGCCUUUAAAACUAUAUAUUCACUGAAAAUAUGACAGGGUUGUAGUGCCUUACCAAAUGAGGUUGUGAUGUUACAAACAGUAAAGUGCCUUUUUGCUCUAGCAUCCAGCAUGUUUCGUGUCCCGCUGAUACUUGUUUCUUACUUCAAUAAAUCUCUCAAAGACCAAA